GCGGCGGGCGCGCCAUCGCUCGCGGCCGCCCGCCAUGGCCGACAUGCCGGACCUCUCGCACCUCACGCCCGAAGAACGCGCCAUCAUCGAGGGCGUCAUUAUGCGGCAGCGCCAGGAGGAGCAGCGCGAACACGAAAUUAUGAGACGAAAACAAGACGAAGUAGCGGUUCUGGAGCAAACAAUACGUACCAGGAAUGAGAUGCAAAGGGCUGCUGGAGUGGAACUGGCAGCCACAUGUGAAAUUUGCUUGAAGACCAAAUUCGCUGACGGAGUAGGGCACUCCUGUCAUUAUUGUCGAGUGAGGUGCUGCGCAAGGUGUGGGGGCAAGGUCACUUUACGCUCCAACAAAGUCAUAUGGGUCUGUAUUCUCUGUCGUAAAAAGCAAGAACUGUUAUCAAAAACUGGACAAUGGAUUCACAAAAGCACUGGCCACGAUUCAAUGCUAUGGAGAAUGGAAUCGGACUUAAGAAAUUUACCAUCUCAGGUAGAUUCAACAUUAGAUAAAAGACCCAAAUUAGAGAGAGCGCACAGUGCAGCAGAAAAAGAGAAUCAACCGUUGCAGAGAUCUAGUAGUGCCCUGCGCCGGCAGUACAGUCAACAAGAGGCUAAGUGCUAUGGGGAACUAGAAGGACUCUCUAGGACUCACCCGCAUCUCGUACACUCAAGGCAAAAGUCAGCCUACGGGAUAGACGACAUGGGAACCCCACAUCAGCCAACGCAGCUAUUGCCUCUACCCCACACGCCUGCCUUACACCCUCCGAUGCCGCCGAGAUCCUCAUCUUCUGAUGACGAAGUUCCAGAGUGCGUUUCCGAUGAAAACGACGAGUACCGGGACCGCGGAGAUCUUGAGGCGUGCGCUUCACUUCGGAAUCCAACUCGCUCCAACGUGACCUCAAACAACUAUUACAAUUUAACUAAUCAUUCGCCGGCCUCCUACAUACCCGAGGGACGCGGUGUCCUCGAUACUGGUAGAAGUGUCCCCACAGGCGGACGAAGUUUUGACUCCGUCACAGAUUGUCGUUGGCGCACUAGGGAAGACGCUGAAAAUGCAUAUUUACGCCCAUACACGCGUGACGAACCUCAACGAUCCGAUCGUGCUGUAUAUAAAAGUGCAUAUCUGUGGGAAGACUCCACAGAUAAUAGACGAUUUACAGAAAGAAGAAAAAAAACUGUGAGGUUCGAUGGGCACGAGGGAGCGGCGACAUUCCCGCGUGGUGGACGAGACUCCUCUGGGGUCCCACAUGACUGGGCCUCUUUGCGUUGGGAAUCUGAAAGACAAACCAGUCAAGAUUCUGCUACGAAAGAUUCGGGCAUCGACACAUCUAGCACAUUUACUUCCAGCGAAGAUUCGAACAGGGGCGAGUGCCCUAAGUUUCCAUUGAACUGGCAAGUGUCACCUGAUGGUACCCGAAUGGUCGGUCACAUGGUACUUCGAAAAAGUGUGGUUGAAGGAAGUUCACACUCCUCAUCAGCAAUUCUUGGGCUCAAAGUUGUUGGUGGAAAAAUGCUACCUGAUGGUACUCGUGGAGCUGUGGUAGAAAAAGUGAAAAAAGGAUCCAUCGCAGAUUUGGAAGGCCAGUUGAGAAUAGGGGACGAAGUAUUGCAGUGGAAUGGCAUGCCACUUCAAGGACGAAGUGCUGAUGAGGUGACAGCAGUAGUGGCUAAUAGCAAGCAUGACACGCACGUAGAACUAGUGGUGACACGGCCACUGGCAUCUGCGCGACUGCUUGCACAGCCUUGGAGGUCUCAUAAAGAAGUUUACACGGAGGUGCUUGGUGGCGCUGAAAAGCCAAGUGUUUUAGUAACAUCACCAGGGUCACCUGAUAUAUAUGGACGAAGACGUAAUGCCAGACAAAACAAUCAAAAUGCAUAUGUUGCUGGUCGAAUACAGUUAAAAAUCUACUUCGACAUGGCAGCGCUACAGCUUUUAGUCACCGUAGUGUCUGCUAGCGGCUUGACUCCUAGAGCAGACGGCUCGCCACGAUGUCCUUACGCGAAGAUAUUUCUUCUACCGGACAAAAGCGAGAAAAGCAAACGUAGAACAAAGACUCUAGCUAAUACUUUGGAGCCAAGGUGGAACCAGACUUUCGUUUAUUGUGGAAUACGUUUUAGUGAUAUAAAGAAGAGAACUUUAGAGGUCACAGUUUGGGAUUUAAAUCGUUACGGGCCUAACGAUUUCCUUGGUGAAGUUCUUCUAGAUCUAGAAAAUAUGCCAAUGAAUCAUGAACCAAAUUGGUACAAGUUAAAGCCGCAUGAUGAAUUUGCUGGUUUUGGGAGAUAUCGUGAAGAUGAAGCUGAUGGCGAGCAUCUAUCUCCUCCAUCUACGUCCAAUUCUCGCUUGUCAGACUCUGACACGCCCAGCGAGUGUGACUUGAGGAGACAUCACUCUCUCUCCAGUCUUGCUUCUAGCUCGAGUCCGACACCACCACACGAAGAUUUGCAGGUGGACGGAACUCGUUGUAGUCGACGCGAUAUGUCUCCCGCCGGUCGAGUGAGGACCACUUCCGUAGCUAGGGAACGGGGUCCCAGCUACGUAGGUCGGUCGCAAUCAGCGGCCGGAGGGCGAAGCGCCUCACCGCGGCGUUCCCUGUCUCCGCCCAACGACAGGGACGCCUACCGCUACACAGUGUGUGAAGAUCGUGACGCCACCCGUUUGCCCACACACGCGUACGCUCCACGCUUUCAAUCACGAUCUGCAACGGCUACCCCAACGACCAGCCCUAAGAAACGCCAGUUGCCUCAAAUACCACAUCAGAAUACCCAGCGAGCGAUGCGCGCGCAGGUGUCCGCGGACCUGGAAGAACGUAAGUGGAUCGCCCCGCAUCACAUUGGCGCCACACUCACCUACCGCAGCACGCCACAAGGGUGGGAAAGGCACUAUGCAGGACUUUCGGAUUCGGAAUUGGCAUCACGUGGUGGAGGUUGGGCGCCAAGACGUCGCUUGUCUCCCGAUGCGGCCGCUGGAGACUCGGACAUCGAAUCCGUGGCCUCGGUCACUUCUAGUGCAUUCAGUACGCAAUCUGAACGACCACGUCCAACCAGGAUGCUUAGCAGGAAACGAAUAUUUCGACUUAGUAAAUCCUCAUCCUGUGAUAGCUUUGUAGAACCCCCUUCUCAUAUGUCCUAUAAAUAUAAGCCUAGCACAUGGAGUUCUUACUUAGGUCGUAGCUUGGGGAAUCGGUAUAAGCCUGAAUUCUAUCCAUUAAUCAACAAAACCUAUUCUAAACCUCACUUUCAUAGUAGCAUACCUCGUAGCCAUUCCAUAAGUAGUUUAAGAAAUAGUUUUCGCUCCUUUGGCAGAGCUUUAAGCUGCCCUGAACCAGACGAAAGUUUAUAUGAAUAUAGCAAAAAUUACGUGUCUGAUAUUAUUAAAAAGAAUUUAAAAUAUCCGAACUAUACCAUUCUUCCCGAUAUAAGUAGAGUAGUAAAAUCGUCAUUAACUAAGUCUAAUGGUUAUAAAUACUUAGACGAAUAUCCGAUUGAAAAUCGAAAUGUAAACACUGACGAUUUAAGACAUAGAAAGACUAAUUUAAGAUUAUUAAAACAUUUACGCGGGUCCUUUAAUUUUCAAUCUUUCGACGACGAAAUCUUCAUUAGAAGCAAAUUACCUACUAUUGAUGAUCAAGAUGAUGAAUUAGACCAUUAUCAUGGAUACGGAAGUGACAGCAGUUUAGCAACAAUGAUACACGUCAGUAUUGAUAAACCUAAAAAUGAUAUUUAUCAAAACGAUUUAUUGACAAAUCUAAGUACCGUAAGCAGUGCUACCAGAAAAGGUUUAUCACUAGAUUUUAGUACGAUUUACGGGCGUAACUCCUUGGAUAAAGCAUACUAUAAUUCAACAGUCAUUACAAGCCCACAUUACGAUACACUUAACAAAAUAAAUACCAACUACAGCAAAAAUUAUUUUAAACGCAAAGGUAUAUAUAACUCGUUAUUGACCAAGAUUCCAUCUCCUUCUUCAAUUAAAUCAGUGACACCUGAUGAUAUAUUCGACUUAUACAAUAGGUUGUCUGCAUACGAUAUUCUAGAUGACAAAAAUGAAGACGAUAUUAUGUUACAUAAAACUAAACCGAGAUACAAGAAACGCGUAAACAUGGUAAGCAUAAAUGAAAUUCCGACUGUACAAGAAUUUUAUUCCCCCGAUACUCCUACUCCUCUUUCGAGCCCAGACUUCAAUACGUAUAGGGAACCCAGAGUAGUUUCCAACACUCGUCCCGCAUAUCACACAUAUCCAAAGAAUCAUGUAGAUCAAGAAUUUAGGAGUAAAGCUAAUUCGUUCUCUAAUUUCUCUUCCCCAAAUCACGGCUCAUCUCAUCGCGCUCCUGCUACGCAUUUACCUCCUGAUGGCUCAUCUACGGCUCCUAAUACGCCACCAAAACAAAACGAAUCACGAGAUGGAAACGAAUGCACACCGAAUGAAAACACUAAACGGAAGAGUAUUGUUGAAACGGAAUCACAAUGCAGUAAUGACUAUGGCAGUCGAGAUAAUGGCCGCAAUAAUAAUCAACCGCCUACCCUUGAGAGGCGAGAGUCAAGGCAUGGGCAGUUUACGCGCAGUUUAAGCAACACCGAUGCACCGGACGAAAAAGCAGAUGGCAGUUUAAGUGAUACAGCGCUCGGUGGGACUUCUGAAAACGAACCAGCGGGUGACGAUGCAUUAUUAAAGGCUGAGCCACGUGAUUACUUUGGACCUGGAAUGGGCAAAAAGAGUAAUUCAACGUCUCAAUUAUCAGCUACAGAUAUGUUAUCAACAUCGACAGGGCGAAAAAGACGGUUAGGUUUCGGUAAACGCGGAAAAAAUUCCUUUACCGUUCAACGCAGUGAAGAAGUGGUUCCUGGAGAGUUACGAGGAGGCGCUGGCGUAUCCCGGGCCUCCUCGGCCUCCAGUGAGAACGAGGACGACAGAUGGUCGCCGGGUAUGCGAGGCUCGAGUUCGUCUGAUGGAGGCGGUCUAUCUGACUUCAUUGAUGGACUGGGUCCAGGACAGUUGGUCGGACGGCAGCUAUUGGGAGCACCCACUUUGGGAGAUGUUCAAUUGUCUAUGUGCUAUCAGAAGGGCUUCCUUGAGGUGGAGGUGAUCCGCGCGCGGGGGCUCCAAGCCCGUCAAGGCAGCCGUACUUUGCCGGCGCCCUACGUUAAGGUAUAUUUAGUAAGCGGCAAGCGAUGUAUCGCUAAGGCCAAAACCAGUACAGCUCGACGGACCUUGGACCCGCUGUACCAGCAGACCCUUACGUUCCGAGAGAACUUCAAAGGGUGUAUAUUACAAGUAACAGUUUGGGGCGACUACGGUCGCAUCGAAGGCAAGAAAGUGUUCAUGGGUGUGGCCCAAAUUAUGUUGGAUGACCUCAACUUGUCCAAUAUUGUUAUUGGAUGGUACAAACUUUUCGGGACUACGUCUUUGUAACUGUGGCUGGCCGCUAUGGCGGUGUCGGUGAACAAUAUCAAUAAUAAUAAAAAGUUAUAUAAAGUCCAAAUAAUACAUCUAGUGAUACUGCUUUAAUAUUAUAAACUGCAAAUGUCUUGAAUAUAGAAAAAAUUUCUAUAAACGAAAGUUACAUGUAAAUUAUUUUUUCUUUCGGAAUGCCUACCGGAGUUAUAAAUAGUUAGCAUUUUAUAGCAACGGAUGUAUAGUGUACUCGAUAAUGUAAGUAUUAAAAGCCAAAUAAGA